AUCCCAGAUGGGCCUCUCAGUAUAAAUACAAGCAGCUGUAACGGCUACUUGAGUACUUACCGUUGGAUACGCGGAUCAGCAGAGCACGCUCCACUAGGCCAUCGCCGCACUCCGACCACUUAAGAGUUAGAGAGAGACAGAGAGAGAGAGAGAGAGAGAGAGAGACAGUCAUCUCGGAUUUAGGGUUUCCGAUUGCGAUACGGAGCGUGGAAAGCCAGCAAAGCAAUGAACAUCUUCAAGAAGAAAACCUCACCCAAAGAUGCACUCCGUACAAGCAAAAGAGAAAUGUCAGUUGCCACCAGAGGCAUUGAGCGAGAGAUUGCAUCGCUACAGAUGGAGGAGAAGAAAUUAGUUGCAGAGAUUAAGAAAACAGCUAAAACUGGAAAUGAGGCUGCUACCAGAAUCUUAGCUCGUCAACUAGUUCGACUUCGGCAGCAAAUUACAAAUUUACAGGGGAGUCGUGCCCAAAUCAGAGGUGUCGCGACUCAUACGCAGGCGUUGUAUGCCAGCACUUCUAUUUCUACUGGGAUGAAAGGUGCAACUACAGCAAUGGUUGCUAUGAACAAGCAAAUGGCCCCUGCAAAACAAGCGAAAGUAAUUAGAGAAUUCCAGAAGCAAUCAGCACAAAUGGACAUGACGAUUGAGAUGAUGUCAGAAUCAAUUGAUGAAACUUUGGACAAAGAUGAGGCUGAAGAGGAAACAGAGGAGCUCACCAACCAGGUCCUUGAUGAGAUUGGUGUGGAUAUUGCAUCACAGUUAUCAUCGGCACCAAAAGGCCGGAUUGCAUCAAAGAAAGUUGAAGCAGUUGUUCCUAGCCCGCAGUCUGCUGAUGUUGACGAUCUCGAAAAGAGGCUGGCCUCUCUUCGACGAAUCUGAUGGGGGGUAUAUCGGAUUCAGCAGCCGUCAAAACUCCUCAUCUUCUUCGAUGCCCUUUUUCUUGUAUAAUCUCUUUACUGCAAAACAAUCCGUGUGCAUGAUGACUGGUAUAAGCAAAAUAUAUAUACUAGGUUGUUAAUCUUGGUUCA